AUGGCGCCCCUCAAACUGCUCACAGUCGUCAGUUCCUCGCUCCUCCUACUGGCCAAAGCGAACGGCGGUCCCACAGCCGACCAGACAACUUAUAAUGUAGCCUUGGGAGAAGAGGGGAAAUGCCUCGCCGAGGUCAAUGCUGCCCGUGUGGCAGCUGGGUUCAGCGAACUCGCACAAGCAGCGGAACCAACAAGCAGGCUGCCUAAAGGAGGCGAUUUCCCACAAGUCGAUCAACCCAAAUGGGCCUGGGAGCCUGUGUGCGAAGCCUUGAUUCCAACCAAGACAAAAUCAAAAAGGACUGCAGACGCUAACGAUAAAGCUGAGUUCCAGAGCGGCACGUACGCAUACCUUCCGAUUGACGAUGCCAAUUCCGUCGACUGCAAGGCCGUUGUGGAUAAGUGGAAGGACGCCUACAGCAACUUUGAUGGAUUGGGCGAUCAACCUAAAUGGGCCUGGAAGCCUGUGUGCGAAGCCUUGAUUCCAACCACAGAAAAAUCAAGAAGUACUAGAAAUUCUGAGGAUGCAGCUGAUUUCCAGAGCGGCACAUACGCAUACCUUCCGAUCGACGAUCCCAAUUCCGUCGACUGCAAGGCCGUUGUGGAUAAGUGGAAGGACGCCUACAGCAACUUUGAUGGAUUGCCUCCGGCUAAAAAGGGAGAAGAUAAUCUUUACGACAAUCAGGAGAACGUAUCUUUCGUGGCCCUGUACAACCCUACAGACAAAGCUACUGCAGACUGCCGUGUCGUCACCUGCACUAAAAAGACGUCUGCAGCGCAAGCUAGCCGCGGAACAGACGGCGCGGGACAAAGCACCGAAACAGAAGCCUCGGCCUUGAUAUGCAUGACUGCGCCGGAUGUACUUGCCGACGAACAGAAGGCCCCUUUCACCGACGAGCAGUGGGAACAGAUCGUGACCGCUCUCGAAGGCUCUGCCUCGGCUGUUGCACCCGGUGUGGUCGGUUUUGCAUUGGCGAUCGUUGGCCUCAGCAUGCUGUGA